UAGGGCACCGCGAUCCGCUCCGCAACGCCGGCAGCGCCCCGGGAGCAGGCACUCUCGCCCCGUCGGCUCUCCUCAUGCCAGGAGUUAUGCUGCAGAGGAGCAGGCUGUUGUGGCUUGCUGUCUUGAUAACCCUGUGGGUUUCCUCAGAUGCUCAGGAUGAUGUCAAAGAAGAGGAGAAUACCUUUGAUUUACUUCAAAUCAGUAACAUAAACCGAAAGACAGUUGGAGCAAAAUUGUUUCGGGGUCCAGAUCCCGCUAUCCCAGCGUAUCGUUUCAUUCGGUUUGACCAUAUACCUCCAUUCAAACCAGAGAAGUUAAAAAAGAUUGUUAAACUCAUACGGCAAAAUGAGGGCUUUAUCCUUUCAGCCACCCUGAGACAGGACAGGCAAUCUAGAGGCACUAUCCUUGCUUUAGAAGGUCCUGGCAUCACUGAGAGGCAGUUUGAGAUAAUUUCCAAUGGCCGAGCCAACACCCUGGACCUCAUUUAUUGGGUGGAUGGCUUCCAGAAUGUGAUUUCCCUGGAAGACGUGGACCUUGCUGACUCGCAGUGGAAGAAUCUCACCGUGCAAGUAACAGGAGAGAACUACAACCUCUAUGUUGGCUGUGACCUUAUUGACAGCUUCAUCCUGGAGGAGCCUUUUUAUGAGCAACUGAAGGCAGAGAACAGCAGAAUGUAUGUGGCGAAAGGAUCCAUUCGGGAGAAUCAUUUCAGGGGUCUUUUGCAAAAUAUUCAUUUAAUCUUUGAUACUUCUAUAGAGGAUGUUCUACGUAAAAAAGGAUGCCAGAGGAGCCAGUCAACUGAAGUGAACACCAUCAAUGAGAGCACUGAAAUCCUUCACUUGAGCCCUGCUGUCACGACUGAAUAUGUAGGUGAAAAAACAGAGAAGAAGGCUGAGUUCUGUGACCGGUCCUGUGAAGAGCUGGGAACAAUGUUCACUGAGCUCACUGGCCUGCGCAUUGUGGUGAACAAUUUAGCUGAUAACCUCCAAAAAGUGUCUGAAGAGAACCAAAUUAUGUGGGAAUUGAUUGGGCCUAACAAAACACUCAAGAACCAAUCAGUUUGCUGGCAGGAUGGCCGAGUCUUUGCAGAUAGUGAAAGCUGGAUUGUAGAUAGCUGCACAAAGUGCACCUGUCAGGACUCUAAAAUUGUGUGCCAGCAAAUUACCUGUCCACCAGUUUCUUGUGCUGAUCCAUCCUUUAUUGAAGGUGAAUGCUGUCCAAUCUGCUCUCACUCUGAUGAUAGUGAGGAAGGCUGGUCACCCUGGUCAGACUGGACAAAGUGCUCAGUUACCUGUGGCUCUGGGACUCAGAUGAGAGGAAGGUCUUGUGAUGUUACCAGGAGUGCUUGUACAGGCCCACACAUUCAGACAAGGAUGUGUAGCUUCAAGAAAUGUGACCAUCGCAUACGUCAAGAUGGUGGUUGGAGUCACUGGUCUCCCUGGUCCUCGUGUUCAGUCACCUGUGGAGUAGGAAAUAUCACCCGCAUCCGCCUCUGCAAUUCCCCUAUUCCCCAGAUGGGUGGGAAAAACUGUGUUGGAAAUGGACGUGAAACAGAGAAAUGUGAGAAGGCCCCAUGCCCAGUGAAUGGCCAAUGGGGUCCUUGGUCUCCAUGGUCUGCUUGCACUGUUACCUGUGGAGGAGGAAUCCGUGAGAGGUCUCGCCUCUGUAACAGUCCAGAGCCACAGUAUGGAGGAAAGCCGUGUGUGGGAGAUACUAAGCAACAUGAUAUGUGCAAUAAGAGGGAUUGCCCAAUUGAUGGUUGUUUGUCAAAUCCUUGCUUUCCUGGAGCAGAAUGCAACAGUUACCCAGAUGGAUCUUGGUCAUGUGGGCCAUGUCCAGCAGGUUUUCUUGGCAAUGGCACAGUCUGUGAAGAUCUUGAUGAGUGUAUAGCUGUGUCAGAUGUUUGCUUUAAGGUGAAUCAGGUCCAUCGCUGUGUGAACACGAAUCCGGGUUUCCACUGCUUGCCGUGUCCUCCACGUUAUAAAGGAAGUCAGCCCUAUGGAGUAGGGCUGGAAGUUGCCAAGACAGAGAAGCAAGUCUGUGAACCUGAGAAUCCGUGCAAAGACAAGACACACAGCUGCCAUAAAUCUGCGGAGUGCAUCUAUCUAGGCCAUUUCAGUGAUCCUAUGUACAAAUGUGAAUGUAGAACAGGUUAUGCUGGUGAUGGACGCAUCUGUGGUGAGGAUUCAGAUUUGGAUGGAUGGCCGAAUAAUAACUUGGUCUGUGCUGCUAAUGCUACAUAUCAUUGUGUGAAGGAUAACUGCCCCCUCCUGCCUAACUCUGGCCAAGAAGACUUUGAUAAAGAUGGCAAAGGAGAUGCCUGUGAUGAGGAUGAUGACAACGAUGGUGUUGAAGAUGACAAAGACAAUUGCCCUCUUCUGUUCAAUCCUCGUCAGUUUGACUAUGACAAAGACGAAGUUGGUGACCGCUGUGAUAAUUGCCCUUAUGUGCACAACCCUGCACAGAUUGACACAGAUAAUAAUGGGGAGGGUGACUCAUGUGCUGUGGAUAUUGAUGGAGAUGACAUCUUUAAUGAAAGAGAUAAUUGUCCUUACGUUUAUAAUACAGACCAGAGUGAUACAGAUGGUGAUGGAGUUGGUGAUCAGUGUGAUAACUGUCCGCUAAUGCAUAAUCCAGACCAGACUGAUGCAGAUAAUGACCUUGUUGGUGACCAGUGUGACAACAAUGAGGACAUUGAUGAAGAUGGCCACCAGAACAACCAAGAUAACUGCCCUUACAUUCCCAAUGCUAACCAGGCUGACCAUGAUAAAGAUGGUAAAGGGGAUGCCUGUGAUCCUGAUGAUGAUAAUGAUGGUAUUCCAGAUGACAGGGACAAUUGUCGCCUCAGAUAUAACCCUGAGCAGGAGGACUCUGAUGGUGAUGGCAGAGGUGAUAUUUGCAAAGAUGACUUUGACAAUGACAAUGUUCCAGAUAUUUUUGAUGUAUGUCCUGAAAAUAAUGCCAUCAGUGAAACUGAUUUCAGAAAGUUCCAGAUGGUCCCUCUGGACCCCAAGGGAACAGCUCAGAUUGAUCCCAACUGGGUUAUUCGCCACCAAGGCAAGGAACUGGUGCAGACUGCCAACUCUGAUCCUGGAAUAGCUGUAGGUUAUGAUGAGUUCAGCUCUGUUGACUUCAGUGGCACAUUCUAUGUUAACACAGACCGUGAUGAUGACUAUGCUGGCUUUGUUUUUGGCUACCAGUCCAGCAGUCGGUUUUAUGUUCUAAUGUGGAAGCAAGUCACUCAGACAUACUGGGAGGACAAACCCACCAGGGCUUAUGGCUAUUCUGGUGUGUCGCUCAAGGUAGUGAAUUCAACAACUGGUACUGGUGAACACUUGAGAAAUGCUCUUUGGCAUACAGGAAACACCCCCGGACAGGUGCGCACUUUAUGGCAUGAUCCUAAGAAUAUUGGCUGGAAAGAUUAUACUGCAUACAGGUGGCAUUUGAUUCAUAGGCCUAAAACAGGACUAAUAAAAGUUCUAGUGUAUGAAGGGAAGCAAGUCAUGGUGGAUUCUGGACCAAUCUAUGAUACAACCUUUGCUGGCGGACGAUUAGGUCUUUUUGUCUUCUCUCAAGAAAUGGUCUAUUUCUCUGACCUCAAAUAUGAAUGCAGAGAUGCUUGAGCAAUGGUUGCUGCAUUACCAGCAAAGUACUGUAAAUGCUAUGCAACCUAGACACCUCAGUACAUCCUGGUACUCCCUUUUUUUUUAUUUUUCAUUUUUCUGUACCUCCUUCCUUGUCCUCUGUCCACAUGCUCCAGUGACCAGGAAUGCUCCCUGCUGCCAGGAAUGCCUCAGCCAUCCCUCCACCCAAGUGCCUUCUCACAGCCAGGACUAAUGAAACCUAAAUGUGAGCGUCUGACCCACCACAGAAGCAAAAGCAGAUUGAUACUUCAGAACGCUUUUCUAGAGUGACAAUUUAGCAGAACAUGUUUGCUUGUAUUAUCUAAAGGAGUAAGAUAUGAAAAUGUGUAUUUAUAUAUAUAUAUGGGAAAGAAAAAGGGAAGAUGAUAAUUAUCAGUCAUCUUCUUUAAAUGAGGAAAAGCAGUGUUUGAAUAACUUUAUAGGUAUAUGGUUGAUGCUUUCUUCUUUUGAUCAGGGCUGGACUUCACUAACAGAACCUCUGGGUAGUAAAGUAACAGGUGACCACACGAAUAGUGUCUAUAUUAACAAUGAAGAAGCUUUUGGAGUAUAAAGUGAAGGUUAAUUGUGAAGAUUUCUUGAUUUGAGAUGUCCUUUAGGUGAUGAGGAUGCUCUUAAUAACUCCCAUUAAAAUUAUAGUUGUUAGAAAUGUCAGAUUGGCAACCUAAAGUAUUGCCUAGUAUCAGAGAGUUCAUUCAGGCCAAAGAGAACUGAACUGGAAACUACCAUAUGAAAGGGAAGAGUGAUUCAUUUAAGAUUCCAAAGCUGUCACCACUGCCUGACUUGCAUGAAAUGAUUUCCAGUUUUUUCAUUUCCAUUAUGUCUUGUGUUCUUUCAUAAUAAUUUAAAAAAAAAAAAAAAAAGUAAUCACAUGGCCAUGUGGAGUGAAACAAGCCCAAACAACUUUCCCACCACUGUUAUAAAAAGCACUUUGACAUCUAGUAUCCAGAUCUGGGAUUUUGAAAAGAUGGCAACACAAUUGUUACUUAAUUUGGUAGUAUAAGAGAUUAAGGUUCCACUUAUAAGUAUUUUGUUAAUAUUUAUUAUGAUUAUCACACCAAGCAAACUUCUCUGAUAAUUUAUUUUAAAGCAUGUCAUAUGAUGCAUCAGUAAUACAUUAAUGAUAUUCUAAAGUGUAUCACAAUAUGUAGAUAUGGUCAAAGCAUGAUAUACACCUAAGUAUAAUUUUGUCGGUUAUAUUCAAGUAUUCUUUAAAAUUAAAUGAAUAAUAAUGAAGAAUUUAUAAAUGGAACCUUAAUAUAUAUCCUGUUACCUUAAGUUUAUUAUCUUACAUUGUUACCUAUGUCUGCUGUAUAUAGAACUUCUUAAAAUAAUGCUGAAGGGCUACCAGUGUUUAUUCUAAACAGAUAAAACAGUUAUUCAGAUAUACAAUAGUAUAAACGUGUUUAGCAUUUUGUUUUAAGUUGUAUGAGCUUUGUUCACAAAAAGACACUUGCUGGUGUAAUUUUAUUCAUUGAUGAAUUUACUAAUGGAAUAGGAUGUUAUCUCUGCCUUCUUAUUGGGUGCAAUGAGCUAAAUAUUGAAUCAACUUUUUCUUCCUUGAAAUAGAUUUUAUUGCUAUGUUCAAUUAGAAAGAAAUCCACAGUUGCUGGCUUUGUUGCACAUUUUAUAGUGGUCAUACUAUCAAAUCUACUUUGGCUGGUUGUUUUCGGUGGUUGUUGUUUUUUCCAAAUCCUCUUCAUGAGGUUUUGAAGUGUGUUUCAGUUUCUUUUGGUGUUUCAAAUUGUAUCCCUGAGUCCCAAGCAGAAGGGAGGGUGACUUCAUUAAAUGUAAUGGUUGUAAUGGCUGUGUAGGGUUUUUUGUUUUGUUGAAUAGAGACAUCAGUAUAGGGA